AUGCAAUCAUUAUCACUUCAACGCACCAUUGUCAUUGUCAUUCUUGCGGCUACCACCUUAUGCACAAUCACGUCAGCCACUCCUUUUCCUGACCCCCAAAGCACUAUGGCCACCACAGCCGACAGCCCAAAAGACGACAAUUCCACCGCCUCAUCUCCUUCAGACACUGCCCAGCAGACUCCAUCACAGACUCCUCCGGAGCACGAUCACGAAACGCAUCAUCGCGCAACUAACGCGACUCAUCACCGCAAGACGCGUGCUUCCGAAACAAAAGCCAUCAACCAUGACGUAGCGAUUGUCGAUGACAUUCUCAAGCGACUUGCACAGGAUGGACUUUCUUCACAAGACAUCAUUCGUCUAGCGCACAACGGAACCUCGACCGAAAUCAAAGAAGCUAAGCACAGACAUUAUCUUGCGUAUCACCCAUUCGAGGAAUCUAAACGAGCAAAAAGUCUCGAUGCCCUUAAGAAAAUCGCCCCUAUCAUUGACCAGAUCAAUGCAAACUUCAACGCCACUGCGGCCACGCCUUCUGAUGUCAAGCCUCAUGUUGCCGAGAUCAACCGCUUGCGAACGGAGGGUCAUCCUUAUGCCAUGACGAUCAUUGCAAACGCAGCGUCCAACAUGACACGGACUUCCAACACCGCACGGGCCUCUAACACUACACGGGCGACGUAG